AAGAGGAUCACUCUGUCCGGCAAGGAACUCACACAUCCGAGACAUCUACGUCGCGACCGCUUCUUCCGCUCCUUUCGACACACUGUGGAAUUGCACCUCCAUGUUAUUCAACUAAGAGAUCUAUUCACCCCAUAAAACAGAGCUGCGGCUCGCUGAGCAACCGCUCUACCCCCCAGGAUCAGGGUGUGGCGAACGUGUAGACGGUUCGUAUCUGUGUCUUUCUUGGUGUUUCGACUCCUUGCUCUGUGGGAUCAUUGUCCCAUUGAAACCCAUUCGCUGACUCGGGAAUCUCGGCUACAGCCCCAGACCACCGUCUACCUUCCCGUCCUGAACUGGCCUUUUUUCUCUCUCUCUGUUUCUUUUCUUAAUCCCCCCAUUAUGCCGUCCUUCUUUGCCCCCGGCCUCCAGGGCUUUCCUCCUACUCCCCCCCAUGUCUUGAGCGGUGGCAGGAUGGAGCACGAUCAAUCCUACUACCUCCUCGGCCACUCUGCCGCGUUCCCGCCUCGCUACCCCCAGAACGGCUGUGAUUUCAUCGAGCAGUACUCCCAGUCGACCUGCUACACAAAGCCCAUGAACUCGCAGUCCGCUCUGGGUGUCCGCAAUGGUAGGGAAAUGGUCGCCGCUCACUCCGCGCUCAACCAGCCCAUGUUCGGUCCCCUGGGUUCCGCCAAUGUCCUGCCUCCCAUCCGCAACAACGUUCAGUUGCCUCCGAUGGAGAGCGCCAUUCCGCCCCAAUACCGACGACAAGACAUGAUGGUGCAGCAGGAGCCCCAGCGCAAGGAGGAAAAGGCUACUGGAGGUGUCGCCGCCCACUUGGAUUAUGAGAUGGACCAGAUGUCCGACUUUGUGGCUGAGAUGGCCCAGGGAAUGUAUGCUUUGUACAUCACCAAGAUCAACCUAGCAGAUAUUGACUUCGCGCGAAGCGUCUACCCAGGAACGUCGGUCCCGCCCCAAUUUCGGAAAUACGUUUAUCAGAUUUUGUCGUCGACUCGUCUGCCAAGUUCAACGAUUCUCCUGGGUCUCUACUAUUUGGCUAGUAGGAUGCGCAUGCUUUCUUCCGCCAAGGUCUUUCAUUCCGGCAGUGGCCAGGUCUACCGGAUGCUCACGGUGGCCCUCCUUCUGGGAAGCAAGUUCUUGGAUGACAAUACCUUCCAGAACAAGUCUUGGGCGGAAGUUAGCAACAUCCCCGUAGGCGAGCUGAACUCGAUGGAGCUCGACUGGCUCUUUGCCUUCGAGUGGAAGAUUCACGACCGUAUCUACGAUAAACAGGACGGCUUUGCGACCUGGCUUUCUCACUGGGAAACCUGGCGUAACAAGACUGCGGCCCGGGCGCAGGAAUCCCGCCACGCAUUGGUCCCCAUCGACACGAACGUCCCCCGGAGCCAUCGCGUGUCGAAGCCACUGCUCUCGCCCGAGGGACCGAUCCCGCCGCAGUAUCAGCGCAGCGCCAAUUACGAGACCUCGUGGUUGAACCCUGCGGCCUCGGAGUAUUCGCCCCCCUCUGCACCUCACACGGGACCGAACACUCCGGAUUACUAUGCUGCUGGGCCGUGGUACACGCAGCCUCCACCGCCCUACUCGCGCACCUGGGUUCCGCCGCCCCAGCAGUACAUCCCCCCUGCCCCGCGAUCCCAGCCGCCGUCCUACCAUCAUACCCCCGCAUAUGCGCUCCCAUUCGCGCAGAGCGUGUGGACGGGCCACGGGUCGUCCUGUGGUUGCUUGUACUGUGCCAAGCAUAUGGAGCACUACAUGUGUGCCAACCCGUUUGGCUCGAUGCAACCGAUCGUUGCUGGCUAGUCAGGGGAUCAGCCUGACUGCCUCUUUUGAUCACUGGAAAAACGUUUCUUAUUAACUCUGUUCUUCUCCGCUUCUAGAUCUUUUAUUUUUGUUCUGAUGAUACCGUGUUUCCUUCGUGUUUCUGCAUGGCUACCCGCUUUUU